AUGAUUUCAGACAGUCAUGUAGUUUCAAGAGUGCUUCUUGAGUUGAUUACCGGGGUGGAUUUUAGCAACAUUACUGAUUCCUCAAACAGUAUUCUCAAUGAACGGAUUGAUCAUGUUUUGAGUACUUCUGAUUCUUACAGCGUCAUAGAUAAGUCUCUGAUUGGGCAAGGAUUCGACGCUGAGAUAUUUCAGAUGCUUAAAGUCGCUUGCAACUGUGUUGAUUCCAUUCCCGAUCGAAGACCGACAAUGCUUCAAGUGUACGAAGACAUAAAAGCAAUAAGGGAGAGAUGUGAGCAAGUCAAUGAUACAGAGAUGCUAAUGCAACCCGAACUUUUGCCUGUCCCUUCAGAAAACAGCACUGUUGAGAUUGAAAUAGCAGAGUCCUGA